CGUGCCGUCAGUGGCGUACGAGGCGUUGCAUCGAUCAGUUGGGUUCGGUCGUGUCCCCAACGGCGGGUGUGCGUGCGUGUAGUAGAUUUCCCAGAUUGGCCAGACUAGUAAAACUGUCGACCUGACCGUUGUUGCUGCUGCUGCUGCGGAUGGGUUUCGGAGUCACUGUGGCGGCGCACGACGGCACCCUAAUUAAUCUUGUCGGUUUUCCUCGGGGUUGAGUCGGAGUGGAGUCGCGUUCUGUGAUACUGUGGGCAAGCAUUCGAUGUGUUGAAGGCAAGUGAGCGAGAGCAGCGGCACGUGGCCAUACUUCCUUCGCUUGGUCUGGUGUAGUUUCGACCCCGGAUGACCCGUGGCGAUCAGGAGCUGUUAUGGUGAUCUAAUAAGUGCAAACAAUGUCAUACCUCCGAAGAAACAAGUGAUCAAGAGUGUGUGAAAACAAGAAGGAAAUCAAUCGGUGUGUCCACUUUAAGUUUAGAAGCGAAUCGUGUGAAAUGUUGGUACCCCCGGAGAUGAUUGCCGUGCAAUCGAAACUCAUCUACCAGAUGAACAAAUACUGCGCCGAUCGGGUGCAGGCCCGAAAGGCUCAGAUCCACAAAACCAUCCAGGAAGUAUGCCGAGUGGUGCAGGACGUCCUGAAGGAGGUCGAAGUGCAGGAGCCUCGCUUCAUAUCCUCUCUUAACGACUACAACGGCCGGUUCGACGGGCUGGAAGUGGUUUCCCCGACGGAGUUUGAAAUCAUCAUCUACCUCAACCAGAUGGGAGUGCUAAACUUCGUGGACGACGGAACACUGCCCGGCUGUGCCGUGCUAAAACUAAGCGAUGGCCGCAAACGGUCAAUGUCGCUGUGGGUGGAAUUUAUUACCGCUUCCGGAUACCUUUCGGCGCGGAAGAUUCGCUCCCGGUUUCAGACGUUGGUAGCCCAGGCGUGCGAUAAAUGUGCCUACCGGGAUUCGGUGAAAAUGAUCGCCGAUACCACGGAGGUUAAGCUGCGGAUACGGGAGCGGAUCAUAGUACAAAUUACGCCGGCCUUCAAGUGUGCCGGGCUGUGGCCACGGUCCGCCUCGCACUGGCCACUACCCCAGAUACCGUGGCCCCAUCCGAAUAUCGUUUCCGAAGUCAAAACUGAAGGAUUCGAUAUGCUGUCGAAGGAGUGCAUCGCGCUGCAGGGCAAGAAUUCCGCCAUGGAGGGCGACGCGUGGGUGCUUAGUUUUACCGAGGCGGAAAAUAAACUGCUGCAAGGUGGCUGCCGGCGGCGGUGCCUCAGCAUACUGAAAACCCUCCGCGAUCGGCACCUGGAUCUGCCCGGCAAUCCGGUCUCGUCGUACGUGAUGAAAACCCUGCUGCUGUACGAGUGCGAGAAGCACCCGCGCGAGAUGGAGUGGGACGAGAACUGCAUGGGCGACCGAAUCAAUGGGAUUUUUCUGCAGCUGAUCUCCUGUUUGCAGUGCCGGCGCUGUCCGCACUACUUCCUACCGAACAUGGACCUGUUCAAGGGCAAAUCGCCGGGGGCGCUGGAGAACGCCUCCAAGCAGGUCUGGCGACUGACUAGGAUAAUGCUCACCAACUCGCGGUGUCUCGAGGAACUGUAAAUCGUAAAAGACCGAAGACGGGCUCGGAGGUUUGGGCACCACGUGCAUUCAACAAUUCAGUGAAAUAAAAACAGAAAAUAACUCAGUCAGAUGAGCGAACUGAAGUGUGCUUCGUAUUUCGUACUAGUUCAAGUCCUAAAUUAUAAUAACCUAUCUCAGUAUACUCCUACACGAUAAUAAAAAAAAAUACUAGAACAAAACAAUCGCAUAAAUUUAGCGUAACCUUUGUCUAACCAGCGGGAGAAGUUUACGUAUACCUACUUGUAGCAAGUAAGAUAAUAACUUUAAAACUCUAGACAACAACAAAAGGUACUGAAAAAAUUGCAUGUCAAGAAAAAUAAAACAAUUUUACU